AUGGUAACGAGGCGAUGCACUCACCUGCCGCGUGUCCCCCGUCUGCCGGGAGGACGCCUGUGUGUUUGUCUGCCAGACUUGAGGGUGGGAGUCCUGGCGUCUCCGCCGCGUCCCCCCGCCAGGCAGGACACUCAUAAUGGGUACAAGGACUCUGGUGAGCAGGGUCAGCAGGGUGAGCAGGGUGAGCAGGGUCAGCAGGGUGAGCAGGGUGAGCAGGGUGAGCAGGGUCAGCAGGGUGAGCAGGGUGAGCAGGGUCAGCAGGGUGAGCAGGGUCAGCAAGGUGAGCAGGGUCAGCAGGGUCAGCAGGGUGAGCAGGGUGAGCAGACGAACUGUAACCAGAUCUGCGGGCCGGAGUACUCGGCGGAGACGAAGCGCUCGAUGUCCCAGAUCAGCGAGAAGGAGACGUCCUUCGAGCUGGUGGAGGCGCUGCUGAGGUACAUCGAGACGCUGCAGGUGGCCGGCGCCGUGCUCGUCUUCCUGCCCGGCUGGAACCUCAUCUGCUCCAUGCAGAGACACCUGGAGACCAACCCGCACUUUGGAAGUAGCCGGUACCGGAUCCUGCCGCUCCACUCCCAGAUCCCCCGAGAGGAGCAGAGGAGGGUGUUUGAACCGGUCCCCGACAACAUCAGGAAGGUGAUUCUCUCCACCAACAUCGCAGAGACGAGCAUCACCAUCAACGACGUCGUCUACGUCAUCGACUCCUGCAAGUGAGUCAGUCAGACUCGGUUUAAAGAUCCAACUCUGCACACAUGAACAUGUAGAGG